AGGAAUAUAAAGAAUGGAGAGUUGAAAGUGGGUUUUCUGCUUUUCUACCAUUGUAUCAACUGUUGGAGCUGUCAAGCUGAGCAGGAGCCAACCCACCAAGAGGAUUUGAGCCACCCUUUUCCUCUCCUCUCUUCUCCUCAACGCCGCAUCCUUCUUCUUGCCACUGUCGCCACCGCCGCCACUGCUGAUUCCGUGGCUAUCACGUGUUGUUGUUGCCUCGCCGUCGCUGUUGCUGCUGCUUUUCCUGCUGCUGUGGCUGUGUCACCAUUGCUGGAGCUGCCACCGCCAUUGCCACUCAUCGCCGCUGCCGCCACUACUAUUCCCAUGGCUGUUGUGCGUUGUUGUCGCCUUACAGUCGUUGUUGCUACCGCUGUUCCUGCUGCCGCGGCUGUGUCGCUAUUGCUGGAGCCGCCACCGCUGUUGCCACUCACCGCUGUUGCCACUCACCGCUGCUACAGUUGCCGAUCGUCGCCACUCCGUGAAAUAAGCUCUGGGAGUUGCUGGAAACUACUGGAAGCUGUUGCUGGAAACUACUGGAAGCUGCUGUUAGUUGCUGGAAACUACUGGAGGCUGUUGCUGGAAACUACUGGAGGCUGCUGUAAAAUAACAGCAAAUAAGCUACUGAAAGCUGCAGUUCAUAUGUUAAUAGCUCCCCCUCAAGCUUGGGAUGGGAAGACAUGAACCAUUCCUAGCUUGGAAACAAGAAAUUUGAAUGCAGCAGAAGGAAGAACCUUAGUAAACAUAUCUGCUAUCUGAAAUUUUGAUGGAAUAUGAGAAGUAGUAAUGAAUCCAGCCUUUAAUUUCUCUCUAACAAUAUGGCAGUCAAUAUCCAAGUGUGUGGCAGUUAAAAGAGUUUCUGACCAAAAAUGUGAAGGAAACUUGGAUUGAAACAUUAAGGACCUUACCACUUGUAGUAAAUGUUUAUGUUUCCUUUCAACAACUCCAUUUUGCUGUGGAGUAUAUAUGCAUGUCCUUUGGUGUCUAAUUCCUUUAGAACUAAAUAAAGAAAAACAGUCAUUGUUUAAGAAUUCAGAACCAUUAUCUGUUCUGAUAGCUUUGACAUGAAUUUUAAACUGAUUUUCGAUAUGAGCGAGAAAAUGGGUUAAUACAGAAGGUACUUGAGUUUUGGAAUUUAACAUAUAGGUCCAAGUGAACCUAGAAUUGUAAUACCCGGCUAGAGUCUGACAUCGGAAUUCCUAUCGUCCGGUGGAAUCCAGGAUGUCGGAAAAACAGAUAUAUAAACAGACCAUGUAUAUACAAAGAUUUACAGAACAACUGAAUCAAGCACAACUCUGACUCUAUACAACUUUUACAUUUCUUUAUAUUAUUACAUGUCCACACUAUGCUAUUACAAAAGAAGGACAGGGUCUCACCUCAGAAAGUGAAAG